CUCUCUGUGUGAUGUGUUAAUGUGCUUGUGCCGGUGAACUCUCACGAUCGUAAACUGUUCGCAAUCUAGUUAUCUGCAUCUCUAAAAAUUCUUAUUUUCUCUUUAUCUGUUAACUUUUAAGCUUGUUUUUUACCUCUAUUAACAACAUGGUUGAAGGAAAUCGGAUUGAGCUAACUGAGGAUGAGGCUGAACUUUAUGACCGGCAAAUCCGUCUCUGGGGAUUAGAAUCUCAAAAAAGGUUGCGUGCUGCCAAAGUACUUGUCAUAGGCAUGUCAGGAUUAGGUGCUGAAGUAACAAAAAAUAUUGUAUUAGCUGGAGUGAAAUCUCUAACAAUGAUGGACGGAAGUGUAGCAACGAAAGAAGAUCUUUGCAGCCAGUUUUUUAUUCCUCAUUCUGAACUUGGAAAAAAUAGAGCUGAAGCCUCCGUAGAACGUGCUCAACAAUUGAAUCCAAUGGUUGAAGUCAAAGCAGUGCCACAUUACCCAGAAAAAUUUGCAGAUGAGCCUGAUUUUUUUACAAAGUUUGAUAUAGUCUGUGCAACACGGCUUGACUUACCCACCUAUUUGAAAAUCAACACAAUCUGCAGAAAUGCUAAUGUAAAAUUCUUUUGUGCUGAUGUUUUCGGAACUUUUGGUUACCAUUUCUCAGAUUUGCAGAACCACGAAUAUGCAGAGGAAGAGACAAAACAGAUUGCUAAACCUGUCAUGUCAUCUCAUACUCCUAACAAGCGAGCUAAAAUGGAGAAAGAGGCCGUCAAAGUCACUGUGAAAAAAACUGAUAAUUUUGUACCUCUUCAAGCCGUUGUAGACAUGGAUUGGAAAAAUGAAGAAAAUAAGAAAAAGUUGAAUGAGAUGGACUCAUCCUUCUUUCUCUCAAUGAUUUUACUCUCAUUCCGGUCAAAGCAGAAGAGAGAUCCUAGCCCUGCAACUCGUGAAGAAGAUAUUAAGCUUUUGCAGUCCAUCCGUGAUGAAUUCUUGACAGACAAGUCGGUACCUCUAGAAAAAGUUCCUGAUGAAUGUUUUAGAACGGUUUUUGCUGAAGUGAGCCCCUCCUGUGCUGUAGUAGGCGGAGUCUUAGCUCAAGAAAUCAUCAAAGUUGUCUCUCAGAAAGGCGCUCCUCACAAUAAUUUAUUCUUUUUCAAUCCCCUGAGUAGCUGUGGUACAGUGGUUAGUCUAGGCAAUACCCCCUCACAGAAUUCAAAGCAGGAACCGGUGGAUUUAAUUGAUCUUGAUGAUGACUAAAUAUUUUUGUAUUGUCUCCGUUCCAUUCUUAUUUGCAACUUGCCAAAUCAAAGGUAAUCAUGUUUUUUUUUCCAUCCGUUACAGGAUUUCUAUUGUUGAUAAAAUGCAUUUUUCACUUUACUGCACCAACUCAAUUGGAUCUUAUCUAGGGUCAUUGUGCCCUCUUUUCACUUCUUUAAAACAUUAAGUCUUAUUUAUGUUAAAUAUCUUGAGAAAUUUGAUAAAAUCUAAUAGUAUGUGAGCAAUGUUAAGACUGAAAAGUGUAAAAUGUCUUGUUUCAUUCAACUAUGAGGCAAAAAUAACUGUGGUUUGUGAUGUUUUAAGCUUUUCCAAUAUAAUUCUGCAGCAUGUAGCUCAGCUGCAAAAGUACAAUUAUUUUUGAUUCAAAAGGCAAAAACUGUCGAUUAUAAUCUCAUUUAAUUUAAGCAUACAUUAAUGUUUCUCUGUAUUUGUACUAUUUAUUUUUCGUAUUCAUUCUUGUUUCAUAGUGUCUCUGAAUAUUUCAAUAAAAGUAUUAGUAAAAGCCUUCACUGAAGUAAA